CUGGACUGGUUCAGUUACUGCAUCACGGAGGACAGAAAGCAGCUGCUGGUGUGUUGGUGCAGAACGAAGUGGUCUCAACACAAAGCCAUGAGGUUCCUUUUAUGUGUGGUGCUGCCGGUGCUGCUCUUCAGAGAGCUUGAUGCAAGUAAGAAAACUUCCCCUCAUGGCUUUGAAGCUGGCUUUAAAAACCCUGAUGCCAGUAAAGCUGAGCCCAGGUCCAAGGCGCCCCAUUACAACCCAGAACCCAGGUCUUUUCCCGGGUCCAAGGUGCCCCACUACAACCCAGAGUCCAGGUCUUAUCCCGUGUCCAAGGUGCCCCGCUACAACCCAGAGCCCAGGUCUUAUCCCGGGUCCAAGGUGCCCCGCUACAACCCAGAGCCCAGGUCUUUUCCCGAGUCCAAGGUGCCCCUCUACAACCUUGAGCCCAGAUCGUAUCCCGAGUCCAAGGUGCCCCGCUACAACCUUGAGCCCAGGUCGUAUCCCGAGUCCAAGGUGCCCCGCUACAAUCCAGAAGUCAGGUCCUUUCCUGAGUCCAAUGUGGCCCGUUACAACCCUGAGCCUAGGACCCACCCAAAGUCAAAUGUACCCCGCUACAACCCCGAACUUGGGUCCUAUCCUGAGUCUAAGGUAGCACAGUACAACCCUGAGCCCAGAGCCUGGCCUCAGGUUCCACAGCCUCAGGUGCCUCGCUAUAAUGCUGAGCUCAGAUCCCACUCUGAAUCCAAGAUGCCCCGCUACAACCCAGAGUCAAGGUUUCAGCGCCCGGCUCCGGUGCCUCGCUACAUCCCAGACCCCAGGUCUUAUCCUGAGGCCAAAGUACCACAUUAUAACCCCCAGCCCCAGGUGCCUCAGGUACAGCGCUUCAAUCCUGAACCCAGGGCUCAGCAACUGGGCCAAGUUCCCCUCUAUAACCCUAAGCCCAGGUCCCAGCCCCAGAGAAAGGUCUCCCAUCACCAGCAAGGAUCCUGGUUUCAACCACAAGUACCCCAACCUGCGCCUCGAUCCCUUACACAGAUGAAGGUCUCUCAUCGCCAACCUGAGUCUUGGUUUCAUCCUCAGCCUGAAGGACCAGGAAGACCUCACUAAAGUAUUGGGACCUAAGUGACCUGACCAAAGAUGCAUCUCAACCUGAUUUUUACUUCAGAAAAUAAAUUGCAAGAUUUGAGUCUGACUCCA